UGCUUGCGUUAGAGCAGCUUUCAGCAGGAACUGACUGACCUUUUCUUUACUACACUAUGUAUCAGAGGUGUAGGACUGGACUGGGUACACUGUUCAGCAGCCCCACAGUCACUGAUGCGAGAAUACUACGAGAUCGGACAUAAAAGCGGACACAUGUGGCCGGGUUGCAGAAUAACUACCGCUGGAUCCAUGCGGACCUCGUUAUUUUCAAUUUAAAGAUCUCAAAGAAGCGGCUCGGUCGAUACCUGGUCUACAGGUAGUUCAGCUCUAAGGGGAGACAGCUGACAGCUACUCUCCGGUGUCUACCAUUAGCCCUGCUCCUAACUUGCUCAAGAAGGCAUACAGAUGCUCUCCGCCCAGACAGAUGCCACGCCCAAGGGCUGCGCCGGCUGCAGCCGCAGGAUCAGGGACCGCUACCUGCUGAAGGCCCUCGACAAGUACUGGCACGAGGACUGCCUGAAAUGCGCCUGCUGCGACUGCCGGCUGGGCGAGGUGGGCUCCACCCUCUACACCAAGGCCAACCUCAUCCUGUGCCGGCGGGACUACCUGCGGUUGUUCGGCGUGACAGGAAACUGCGCUGCCUGCAGCAAGCUCAUCCCUGCCUUCGAGAUGGUCAUGAGGGCCAAGGACAAUGUGUACCACCUAGACUGCUUCGCCUGCCAGCUGUGCAAUCAGAGGUUCUGUGUGGGUGACAAAUUCUUCCUGAAGAACAACAUGAUCCUGUGCCAGACGGACUACGAGGAGGGCCUGGUGAAGGAAGGCUAUACCGCCCAAGUUCGCUGAAGCCCCUUGGAGGAUGCGGAAGAGGCCGGCCUCUGAAGGAACCCGCAGUCUCAGACUAAAAGCACCCACUGCUAAUCCGGGCUCACCUUCCUAUAUGUAUAUAACAACCCCCCCUCACCCCCUGCAAAGUGCGGCCUCAGAUGGAGACCUCAGUGAAACAGCAGUGGAGAGGACCAGGAUGUUCUCCUGAUGGACAACUUUUGUUUCUCAGCUAUUCCUACAAGCACAGCUAGUAUAAAGACUUCACUAGAUACUGGGGGACCAGCGAAGAUCUCAGACUCGAGUGGGUGGGUCAAAGAACAGAAGCAACCUUAAAAUCUCAGGUUGAACAGGGUUCCUCUAAUGGGAGAAGAGCAUCCCCAGUCCACAAGAUUCUGUCGUUCCUGUUCUGAAGUAUGUAAUUAACUGAACUGAAUUUGGUUGUGAACGUUUCCCCAAACCCACUCCAGAAAAACUGAGUUGCGGAACAAGUGUCUUUUUUUUUUUUUUAAUUGCUGUAUAUAUUUGAACGGGUCUGAUGAGUUAAGAAGUUUGAAAUGCAAACACUUGAAUUUUGUGGUUCUUUAUUUGCAUUGGAUCUUUUUAGGACGGCAUGUUAAAAAGUAUGGAGGGUAUUGACGCUGUGGUGACCAUGCUGCACAUAUCUGUUGCCUUAUUGCAUGGUCUGUUGGACAGUGCAGAGAAGAAGGUGUGAGUUAUGCUGUACAUGAUGGUCGUCGGAUCCAAUGUAGCACAGUAACUCAGUUCACAUGCUAGUACGGGAAAUAGCUUUUAUUAAUUUGAUCUUUUUGAAUUGUAUCUCUAUAAACACGUUUAGUAUUCAUUUUACCCAGCAUGGACUACUGUUAUACAUGAAAUACAGCAUCAUAAUCAUUUUAAACACAGAUGGUAAUACAGGUUUAUUGUGUUACGCUUUGUGACGUCAUUAUUUUUGGAUCGGUAGUAAUUGCAAAUCAUCUGCUGCGAAACCAUCACCUUGCAUACUGAGGCCUUUUACUGGAACUAUCUUUCUGGUAAAUAAUAGGACCAGCCUCCCUUAACUAACUUUGUAUAACUCAGAAGAUACUUGUUCCCCUAAAUUAACAUUUCUAUGUGAAAAUCAUGGAAUUUAUAAUUGGAUUUAUCCAUGCUGUUUUUCCCCAAUAAAUAGGGAAAAAAAAUGGAAUUUCUUAAUGGACUUUAUGCGCUUUAACUUGCCAUUUUAAAGACAGAAUAACUCGAGCCCUUCUGGUAGCUAAUCUAUAGAUGAAUGACACUGGCAGCUUUAGCGAACUGUACCCUCACAAGCACUGUCCGGCUUAGUGGAUUGAGAUUUAUUCAUUCCUUUAUUUUUUUAAUCCCAGUUUGUAAAGCACAAGUGGUCACGUGAGCUGCACUGUGGCACUGGACAGCUGGUGGCACACAAAAGAUUUUCAAAUUAAUACACUGAUAAUGAAAUAAAAGCCUCACACAAAACGGGGAUAAAGUCCCUUCAAGCUCACAAAAGCGAGCUGAAACCCAGCUAAAUGAGCUUAAGAACAAAAACUAUUAUGUUAGAUACAAAAACCCCACAUGCAGCUCUCCACUGACACACUCCCUUACGCUCACCUAACUGACCCUAUUUAAAACUUAGCAAGUCAAUUAGGGCAACAGGACCAGCUGAGUUUCGUUAAUUGAAGAGUCUGCCGGUUAGUAAUCAGUUGCCAUGGUAACGGAAAGCGCCGCGCCGUCCCUGUGCCCGCCAGGGUCUCAUGAACUCUUUAAACCUGCUCUUGGACUCACCAAACAUACCCAUUUUAAAUUUUGGCCGGAAAUUGAAUUAUUGAAAUAAUAUUCAAAAUACAUUUUACAGAAUGCAUAAAGAUUUAAAAAAGCUUAAAAAAAUACAUUCUUCUCAAAUAUUAUAAUUGGUGAUCCAGAAGCCGAAAUAGAACUUUAUCAUUCAUGUAUUAUGCUUACAUUAAUGUGCACCCUGUGAACCUGCGAACACCUGUUUUUGUUUAAAUAUUUUCAUUUCAUUUUUGAUUUUGUUAAAUAUAGCCAAUGCACCUUUUCCAAGAGUUGCCCUGUCACGUCAGCAGAUAAAAAAAGAUGAUGACGUAUACAGCAUGUAUCCCGAAUAAUGUUUGAAGGUCAUACAGUCGUGCAGCAGCUGCGCCGCUUCCGCUAACAAUCAUCCACAGAUGAAAGCUAUUGCCGUUUAAAAGAUUAAGGCAAAUUCAGGCAAAUAAAAAAAAAAAAAACAUUCAACCCAAAGAUCACACAUCAAGAGCCUUAAAAGGAGCAAGCAACAUGGUAUUCAUGAAUCCUUUGAUUUGGUGUUGAGCGCGUAUGUGUCUGAUGCCUGCAUCACCAAAGGCACCUUAUUAAACGAUGGUUGUUUGAUUCAUCAUCUCUCUAUAGAGAUAUUCAG